AUGGCUGACGCUCUCAAAGCCGAAGGCAACAAGGCCUUCUCGGCCAAGGACUACCCGACUGCUAUUGAGAAGUUCACAGCCGCCAUCGAAAUCGAACCCGAAAACCAAAUCCUCUACUCGAACCGCUCUGCCGUCUAUGCCGCGCAAAGUGAGUUCCAGAAGGCUCUUGACGAUGCGGAGAAGGCCAUCAGCAUCAAGCCUGACUGGUCUAAGGGCCAUGCUCGCAAGGGAGCGGCCUACAAGGGAUUGGGAGACCUUUUGGCCGCCCAUGACGCAUACGACGAAGCCUUGAAGAUUGAGCCCGACAACGCGCAAGCCAAGGCUGGAAUGAGCGCAGUCCAGCGUGCUAUCAAUGCCGAGGCUAAUGCUGACGGUGUUACUGGAGACCCAACUGGUGGCCUCGGUGGCAUCUUCAACGACCCUGCCAUGUUCCAGAAAUUGGCCAGUAACCCCAAGACUGCCAGUCUCCUUGCCGAUGCAGACUUCAUGGAGAAGCUGAAGCAGAUUCAACAAAACCCCAAUAGUGUCGGCGAGCAGAUCCGGGACCCGCGAUUCUUGCAGGUCAUGAGCGUACUUCUGGGUAUUGAUAUGAGCUUCGGUGGUGAGGGUGGCCAGGGAGGUCCCUUUUCCGCGGGCGCGGCGGAUGAGCCCAUGCCUGAUGUUCAGCCCGCUUCCACUCCCUCACAGCCAAAGAAGGAGCCUACUCCCGAGCCCGAACCUGUGGAUGAGGAAGCGGUUGCUAAGAAGCAGGCUCAGGAGGCUGCUGAUGCGGAGAAGAAGAUUGGCAACGAUUUCUACAAGAAGAAGCAGUUUGACACAGCCAUUGAGCACUACGAGAAGGCUUGGGAGCUCCACAAGGAUAUCACUUAUCUGAACAACCUUGGUGCCGCCAAGUUCGAAAAGGGUGACUACCAGGGUACUGUUGAGACUUGCCAAAAGGCCGUGGAAGAGGGUCGUGAUCUGCGUGCGGAUUUCAAGACCAUUGCCAAGGCCUUUGCGCGAAUCGGUAGCGCCUACGAAAAGUUGGGCGACCUUACCCAAGCUAUUGAGUACUACCACCGUUCUCUCACUGAACACCGGACCCCCGAUGCCUUGAACAAGCUGCGUAAUGCAGAGAAGGUCAAGGCCACCGCCGAGAAGGACUCUUACAUUGAUGCUGCUGAGGCCGAGAAGGCUCGCGAGCUUGGUCAGAAGAAGUUCCAGGAGGCUGACUGGCCCGGUGCCGUUGAGGCCUUCACUGAGAUGACCAAGCGUGCCCCUACCGACCCGCGCGGUUACUCAAACCGUGCUGCCGCCUUGAUCAAGCUUAUGGCAUUCCCCCAAGCCGUGCAAGACUGCGACGAGGCUCUCAAGCUGGACCCCAAGUUCAUGCGGGCGUUCAUGCGCAAGGGCCAGGCCCUCGUGGCAAUGAAGGAGUACAACCGUGCUAUUGACACUUAUACCGAGGCUUCCGAAGUCGACGAUGGUACUCACCGUCGAGAGAUUGAGCAGCAGCAGCAGAAGUGUCUGGAGGCUCAGUUCAGCGCUCGUGCCGGUGAGACAGAGCAGCAGACUAUGGAGCGUAUCCAGAACGACCCUGAGAUUAUGUCUAUUCUGCAGGACCCAGUUAUGCAGAGCAUUCUCCAACAGGCGAAGACUGACCCAGCCGCUCUGCAGGAACACAUGCAGAAUGCCCAGGUACGCAUCAAGAUCCAGAAGCUGACUGCUGCUGGUGUAAUCCGCAUGGGGCGGUAA